CCCAGAGAUUAGUAGCCCAACGCAAGCUCCAGAGUCACAGUUUAUGCAGUAUAUCCUCUAAUUUACCUGGGAGCCAAAACUGAAGAGUAAACGUGGUAACUACAACCAUGUCCAAAAAACUGGACCUCUCCAGACUGACUGAUGAAGAGGCAAAGCAUGUAUGGGAGGUCAUCCAACGUGACAUGGAACUGAGGAAGAAAGAAGAGAGUCGACUAGGGGAUCUGAAGGCCAAGAUUCAAAAGGAAGGCACCAAGCGUGAGCUGCUCACCUCCCAAUCUAACCUGACUGAGUCUUACUGCAUCCACUGCCUGCAGCCUUUCAAGUUCCUGAUCAACAGUCGACGUCAGUGUGCGGACUGCCAGCUGUACACCUGUAAGGCCUGCAGUCGCUACAAUAAGAAGGAACGCAGCUGGGUGUGUGACCCUUGCCGUAUGUCCAGGGUGCUGAAGAUUGGCUCACUGGACUGGUACCAUAACAACGUGCGCUCCCGUUUCAAGCACUUUGGUAGCGCCAAGGUGAUGCGCUCACUCUACAAAAGGCUAAACGAGUCUGGCUCCCAGAUGGACCUGAGAGGCCCUCGUGAUUUUGAUACACAAAGCACACCUGAUGUCCGCUAUUUCUAUGAUGGUCAUGAAGAGGAAGACACACCAGAUGUUCAGCGGUACCGGACGAUGCGAAAGACCAAGCGCCUGCUCUCAGUCCACCCUCUUGAUUUUGAUAUGGACCAAGAGUACUCCACUCACUCUCGCCGUCCAUCUGUCCAGGUACCUGGGGAGCAAAGCAGGCAGGGGAAAGACUCUGAGUACAGUACUGAGGUGCACUUCCGCUACACCCGCCGAAAGAGCUUGGAGAAGCCCAUACGCUUUGAUGAGGGCCACAUCCCAGACCAGAGAAUGAUGCGCACUCGAUCAUUGUCCAAGAUCAGCCCCUCUCAGCGAUACACACAUGGUGAGCUGGACUCUUCUGAGGAGGAGGAGGCAGAGCGUUACCCCAUGUACCAACUGCCCGCCCGCCGCCGCAGCCGUGCUUCCUCUCAGGAGAAUGUGCAUCAAGGUCCUCCACAGAUGACUGAACUUACGAAGCGCAUGGUGGCCAUUGAAAGCCUUUUGACCCGUCUGGAGCAGAAGAUGAUUGACCCUGUUGAUCAUGUGGACUCCCCCUUGGCAGUGGACCUGGAAGAGGAGAAGCUGAGCAGGAAGCUAAAGGAGCUGACAGGCAACAUUAGUGACAAGGGUCUGUCUUCAGAAGAAGAGGAAGUCAAGUUGCCCAAAGCUACUAAGGAGACUAUGAAGAAGAACAGGACACAGGGAGAGCCAGCCCUGGUGAGCCCUCUGCCCCAGGAGAGGGUGCUGAGCUCUUCCAGUGAUGAGCAGCUGUCAGAGACUCAGAAGGUCUACUUGACAGCAGGUAAAUCUUACAGCCUGGAGAGGAAGCUGAGGUCCUUGGAGCAGAGUGCCAGUAACCGUUACUGCGGGCAUACUGACUCAGAGCUGUCAGAGCUGGAAGACAAGGUGGCCUUGGCUGCAGCCAAGGUCCAGAACACAGAGAGUGAGGUCUCAGACAUUGAGAACAGAAUUGCAGCCCUGAGUGCUUCAGGAAUGUCAGAGAAGUUGAGGAAGAAGGCAUCUGCCACACAGAGACGAGGACUCCCUAAUGACAUUUCCAGAAAAACAAGUAAUGUGCCAGGGUCCAGGAGAAAAUCAAACUUCAUGUGAAGGAAUAUCCCCUCCAAAGGUUGCACUAUGCCAGGGGACCUACUGAACAAGUUCUAUAAACACUGAAUGCAUUCUACUGUGAUAUGUUAAGCUUUCAGUAAAAUGUUUUUGAUGUCCAAAAUGAUAAACCUAGCAAUCACAGUCCUCAGGGGCCACAUUUCUGCAGGUUUUAAAUUUUUGUUUCUACCUACUGAAUAAUUUAUGUCCCACUCACCAAGUAAAGUGGCUUACAAGCGCUAUAAUAACUAAUGAUUAGAUAAAAUGAAAAUUUGCCCAUCCUUUAACCAUUUAACCUUUAUCUAAGGAUUUGCAAGACC